GAGCCAAACAAAGCCCUUACUUGAUAUCUAUCCGUUCAUUAUGAGCACAUUCAAUUUGAAGAAAACUCCAUUUCAAUUGCUUUCGCUGAAUUGAUCUUCAAAUUUUGACUAAUUGGUUAAAAUCAUGAAGUUAUUCAGUGCUUUCUACGCCGUCAUUUUACCUUUUCUCUUCUUCUUCACGUUUCCAAUUGCAGUAUUCGCAGCUCUCACUACAACUUUCGCUUUCUGUGUCCUCUGCUUUCGAGUCAUUAUUGUAUACAUUGAGCUCGCUCUUGCAGUCAUCCCAUAUUAUCUCUAUGGGCCCAGAGAUGAAAUUAAGAUUGCACGAUCAAAAAGAGCAAUUUACAACCCUCCAAAUUCACCUGUUCGUCGUAAGAAACGAAGGAGCAGCGCCAGCAGCAGCCAAUCGGCUACUGGCUCAAACACGCCGGUACCAGCUCGUGUCUUGAAGGGCUCAGCAUCAGUGCUUGGAUUGGGCCAAAGUGUUGGACCUGCCAGAGAUUUUGAAGGUGUAGGUGGAUGGCGUCUGGGCGAUAGCGGAUCCGAUGAUGAUGCGCUAUGGACGAAUAUGAAUUCUAGACUAGAGCUUCCCGCCAAUCAUGGGAGGAGACAUCAUCAGCGAUCUUUGACAUCUGGUAGUAUUCCCUCAGAAGAGUCGAGAAGUCGAAGCCCGGAGGCGAUAAUGAAUUCAUCAAAGGCUAGAACACCGCCCUCAAUUGGCUCGGGGCUGGGAGGGGAGACUUAUUUUCCAACAAUGACUCCAAAUCCAAAAACCAAGAAAAGGGCAUCUUUUGGCUCGGUUUCUGGAUCACUAGCUAGCUCCAAGGCUAGUUCUGUUGUUAAUAUGAAGCAGAUAUAAGGAAUUAAUGGGUUGGCUUACUACGAAUAAUGGUGGGAACGGUACACAGCACGUAUCUUAGGCGUUUUUGUAAAGGAAUUGAUGCUGUUGAAAAGGCCAGACUACAGCCCAGUGAUGCAAAACUUUGGGAUCCAAAUAUAUGAUACCAUAUAUCUA